AUGCACGGCCAAACCCGCAGCAGGGGUGUUUCCCCUGUAACCCCUUCAAGACAAUGGACGACAGACUUCACAGAGCCCGGCACAAACCUCACGCGCGACAGCGAUGUAUGGUCUGUAAGCACUGCAGCAGAGAGCGGCUUUGCUGCUGAGGGUUUGGCGAAGGGUUUAGGGUUUGCUGCUGAUAAACUAAAGACAGAAGUAGAAGACCUCGUUAGGGGCAUGCAGAGAUAUCAUUACAUUGCAAAUACUCUUGCAGGGGGGCUAGAUAUAGAGAGUUUGCUGCAGGAGGUGCAGCAGAAGACAGCAGCAAAUGUGCUGCUGCAGCAGCAGCGAGUAAAGGAGCGCGGAAGGCUGCAGCUGCAGCUGGUGAAGCUGCGCAGCAGCCUGCAGCAGCAAGAAGCGAAGCAGAAAGAAGCAGCACUCCAGCUAGCAGCUAAAGAGCAAACCAUCACCCGCCUUCAGGCCCAGCUGCGAGCGGCGCAGCAGCGUGCGACGGAGGCUUCUGCCUCUGCAGCAGCAGGUCAGCAGCAGCAGCAGCAGCAGCAGCAGUUGCUGCAGCAGCUGCAGCUGCAGCAGCAGCUGCUGUUGGGUUGCGGUUCUUCCCUUGACAGCCCUAGAGCGAAAACCCUAAACCCUAAACCCUCCAGCAUUGCCGGCUUAGCAGCAGAUUGCGAGGCCCUAGCAGCAGCAGCAGCAUCAGGAGGAGCAGCAGCAGGAGGCCCCGGAGCAGCAGCAGCAGGAGAGGAGCGUCAUGCUGUUGCAGCAGAUGCAGCAGUGCUGCUGCAGCAAGAGCUGAUAGAGAAGGUAGAAGCAAUAAGAGCUGCACCUUCUGAUGUUAGCUUCCCUGCAAUUAAAGAGUGGCUGAAGUUAAACCUCAACGCCUGGAAGGCUUUACAAGCUCCCUUACGAGGGUUUGUCUUAGCAGAGCGGCCUACAGAGAAGGCAGUGCAGCAAUUGCGGCAGCGGCUAGAAGCAGAGAAGACACUGCUCGCUAAAAUACUCAGAGCGCUGCAGCAAGAAACCCUCAAAUUCGUCAAACACAUAUGCGAGACGCCCUGGAAAUAUGAGGAGCAGCAAAAAGAAAAAGAAGCAGCAAAAGCAGAAGCAGCAGCAGCAAAUGCUGCAGCAGAGGCUGCAGCAAAGAAACAGGAAGCAGCAGAAGCAGAAGCAAAAACAUUUGCUGCUGAAGUCAGAAGGCUGCAGCACCAGCUCGCAGAUUCUCUUGCUCAAUUAGAAACAGAAAAGGGGGAGAAAGAAAAGGCGGCAGCAGCAGCAGCAGCAGCAGCAGUGCAGCUGCAGCAGCUGCAAGAUGAAGCUGAAAGGCUGGCUUCAUACGCUGAAGGAAAGCAGCAGGAGACGCAGCAACUAAGAGAUGAUAACAGAGCUCUGGCGCAGUCAUUGAAGGCGGCACAAGAGCAUGUGUUAGCAGCUCGCAGCAGCAGCAGCAGCACAGGAGAACUCGCUCUGCUGCUGCAGCAGCAGGAAGCAGCAAUUGAGAGGGCCUUUCAGAAUCGGCUGCCUUCGCGCUUUGUUGUUAGACCCCGAUCGAAGCGUUGGGGGUUCAGCAGCAGCAGCAGCAAACUGCUGCUGCGGCGUCGCAGCAGAAAAGCAGCAACACUUACCCACCGCAGCAGCAGCAGCAGCAGCAACAGCGGUAGUAGUAGUAUAAGCAGCAGCAGCAGCGGGGGAAGACACAAACGGAAGCAGCACAGACACCAACAUCGCAGCAAGCAGCAGCAGCAGCAAGUGCAGCUGCAACUCCAGCAGCAGCAGCAGCAGCAGCAGCAGCAGCAGGAACUGCUGUCUCCCUCAGACCGCAGUUUGUCUGUAAGCACCGAGUUUAUAUGCGGCUUAGAGACGAUGCUGUCUUCUGCUGUCGGGGGUUUGAGGAGAAUUGAGUUGCUGCAGCAGCAAGCAGCAGCAGCAGCAGCAGCAGAAGCAGCAGAAACAGGGCAUUGGGACAAACAGACAGCGCAGCAGCUAAGCUACCUAGAGGAGGCCCUCCGCAGCAUUGCAGCAACAGCAGAGAGCCUCAACAACUUCCUUCCUCUGCGGCAGCAGCAACAAGAGCAGCAGCAAGAGCAGCAGCAAGAGCAGCAGCAGCAGCAGCAGCAGCAAGAGCAGCAGCAAGAUGUCUCUCAACGGUCUCUUUCUACAGGAGAACUCUCGGAAGUAGGGCGGGUAGAGGCGCGUCUUCAUGAGGCUUCUUCUUUGCUGCUGGCAGUCGAGGCGGCGCUGCUGCCUUCGGGCUGCAGCAACCAGCUGCAGCAGCAGCAAGAGCAGCAGCCGCAGCAACAGGAUCCGCAGCAGCUGUUGCUGCAGCUGCAGCAGCAGCAGCAGCAGCAGCAGCUAAAUUCCAAGGCAGCGAUCGAUGCACAAACUGCAGCGCUUCGUCAACAGAAUGCGGCGCUUCAGUGUGAAUUGCAGCAGCUGCAGCAGCAGCUUCAAGAGGUGCAGCAGCAGCAGCAGGAGACGCAGCAGCUGCGGGUUGUGCUGCCAGCAGGAGCAGCAGGUGAUAAGGCGUUGCUGGAGACAAAACAAACACAAAUAGAGCUACAAAGAAUCAAACAUAUUAAUGAAAUGCAGCAAAAAGAAUCCAAGCAUGCGGAGAUGCUGCUGCAGCUUCAGAUGGCGCAUGAACAGCAAAUACAAGCGCUAGAGAACCGUCAGAAGAUUGCGCUAGCCGAGGCUGAGGCUGCUGCAGCGCAGCAAAUAGCAGCGCUGGAAUUACAAAUAAAUAAAUUAAAGUGCGAUCAGCACAAACAAUACAAACUACAAGCAGAAGCAGAAGCAGAAGGUGCCGACAGUUUGCUGCGUCAGUUAAAGGAAGCUCAAGAGCAGCUGCAGCAGCAGCAGCAGCAGCAUGAAGCUGCGGUACGAGAGCUGGAGCAGCAGUUUGCUGCUGAGCAGCAGCAGCUGCUGCAGCGGCUGCAGCAGCAGCAGGAGAAGGAGCUGCAGCAGCAGAAGCUGCUGCAGCGCAUGCGUGAGGGAGACCUUAAAGCAGAUAUAAGAAAAAGAGAGCAGCAAACCGAAGCAAGGAUUCGUCAAGAAAGAGAGUUAGCAGAUGCAGCAAUAAAAAAAGCAAACGAAGCUCACCAGAAGGCGCUUGAAGAGCUUCGUUUAGAGUAUUUGCUGCAGCUGCAGACGCUGAAAGACGAUCAAAGACUACAGCAAAAAAGAGCGGAGGAAAGCCACAAAACAGCAAAACGCAAAGAAGAAGCAGAAGCUGAACGCGCCUUUGAACAGGCCCUAAACAAAAAAAACCAAGAGAUUCAGCUGCUGCAGCUGCAGCACAGCAACGAGUUGCAGCAGCUGCAGGCUUCUCAUGAAGCAGCAAUUUGCUGCUUGCGGAGGGACUUCGAUUUGGAGUUGCUGCAGCAGCAGCGCAGCGCAGCAGCAGAAGCAGCAGCAGCAGCAGCAAAAUCAGAGGAGACACUUAAAGCUGCUGCUGAUUCCUUUGCUGCUAAAUUAAAACAAGCAGAAGCAAAACUACAGGAAAGACUUCAAGAAGCUCAGCAACAAGCAGCAGCAGACAGAGAGGCCCUCAUACAAACGCAUACGGAGCGUACGGGGCGUUUAAUGGAGCGUGUUGUUGCUGCUGAGAAGCAGCAGAUAGAGCAGCAGCAGCAGCAGCAGCAGCAGGUGUUUGCGUUGCGGCGGGAGAUAGAAGAGCUGCAGCGGCAGCAGCAGCAGCAGCAGCAAGAAGCAGCAGAACUCAAGCGAGAAAGAGAUAUGGAGAUAGAAAUCAGAGACUCUCUUGCGCAGCAGCUGUUUUUGCUGCAGCAGCGAGCAGCAAAACAAACAACAGAUAGGGCAUGCCAAGCAGCAGCAACAGCAGAAGCUGCUGCUGCUCAAGUAGACCCGCUGGUGCUGCAGUAUCUGCAAGACUGCGAGUCCAACAUGCUGCAGCAGCAGCAGCAGCAACAGCAGCAGCUGCAGCUCCAGCUGCCGCAGCAGCACCAGCUACAAUCUCCUUUUACGCCUACUGCAGCAGCAGAAACAGCAGCAGCAGCAGCAGCAGCAAGGCGCAGAACUGUCUCCAUCGGCACCCCCGCUUCGCGAGGAAGCAGCACCGCAUCACCGCUGCAGCAGCAACAGCUGCAGCAGCAAGAGGAAGAGCUGCUGCCAGCAAGCAUGCAGCAGCAGCAAGAAGAUUUAGCUGCUAGAAUACAGCGGAUUGCAGAAAGAGCGAAGGCGGGCCCCUACACCUCGCAGCGUGGUGCUGCAGCAGAUGGUGCAGCACCGGUAGCUGCUGCAGCUGCUGCUGCAGCGGCUGCUGCUGCUGCAGCUGCUGCUGCGGCUGCUGCAGCAGGGAGCAGCAGCACAAGCAGCAGCAGCAGCAGCGGGCCUCUGCAGCAGGCAGCAAAUCCUUUGCGCUUGUUUCGCUUGGAAGAGACGCAACAGCAGCAGCAACACCCUGGCUGUUCUCCUCCUCUAAGCACCCCAACACCAGCAGCAGCAGCAGCAGCAGCAGCAGCAGCAGCAACUCCAACAGCAGCAGCAGCAGCAACAGCAGCAGCAGCAGCAGCAGGCCCUCUGAGGGAGUUUUCGUCCCCUCUCGCCUCCGCCAGAAGCGCACACUCUACCGCCAAUCGGACGCAUGAAGUAAGACACACAAUGCAGCAGCAGCAGCAGCAGCAGCAACAACAGCAGCAGCAGCAACUGCAGCAGCAACUGUAA